GCACCCAGCAGCUUGCUUGAAGCACUGGAACAGCAUUUGGCUUCUGUGGAGGGAAAGAAAACAAAAGAAGUCUCUGCUGCCAGCAGAGCUAGUGCCCUAUCCAGUGCUGUUUCCACACUUGCCAAUACAGGAAUGUCAUUUAGCAGGAUGGAUGAGAAAGAAAAGCAGCAGGCAUUGGAAGAGGAACAAGCUAGACUGCAGGCACUUAAGGAGCAGCGAUUAAGAGAGAUUUCUGUAGUAUCAAAUUCCACUUCCACAUCAGCAUCCCCAAGCACCUUAUCAGGAAGAAGUGUGAAUACCACUGUAGCUGUUGACCUCUUUGCAGUACCAGCACCCACAACAAAUAGCAUGCCCAACCUUUCUAGUGAUCUUUUCGAUCUUCAGCCUGCGUUUGUUCCAACUGUGCAGAGUACUCCAGCUAUAUCAACGUCAGCAAGCAGCGCUUGGGGAGGUCCUUUCUCGUCCUCAAAUGGUUGUGUUGGUUCUCCACCUCAUCUGGACAUCUUUGAUAUGAAGCCAGUUGAAGAAGCUGUAAAAUCUACCACCCCUUUCAUCAAUUCUACUUUUUCCUCCAAACAAACGGUGGAACUGUUUAGUGAUGACUUUAGUAGUCAUAAAUCUACAUAUCCUUCUGUGUAUCAUCCUCUGACUGUUGAUGGUUUUCCUCUUCAUUCAGCUCCUCCGAGUACCACUUCUUCAACAAUUAAUGUGGACUUUGAUGCUGUUUUUGGAGGAAAAUCUACAGCACCAGAGUACAAGAGUACAAGUGUUUUUAACUUUCUAGAUGAGGUAUUGCAACCUACAGUGCCACCACAAAGUCAAAGAGCCGCUUUAGCCAACCAGCAAAGCGGAAAAAUUUUGGCAAAUGAUCUUGAUUCUUCACUUGCUAAUCUAGUGGGAAACCUUGGCUUUGGAGGAACUCCAUCCAAAAAAUCAGAUAUGCAGUGGACACAGCCUACAGAGAAAAAACUUACUGGUGGAACAAACUGGCAAGCAAAAACAAGCACAUCGACCACAUGGAACCCUACUCCCUUACCCACUAUUCCACACAUGGUACCUGCUCCUAUCACAUACCCAUUGACCACACCUCAAGUGCCUGUAUAUGGAAUGGUACCUCCUCAGAUUGGAGCUGCUCCUUUGAUGGCACCCCAGUCAAUGAUGUAUACACAGCCUGGUCUAAGGCCAACAAAUCCUUUUGCACCUGUUUCUGAAACUCAGAUACAGUUUAUGUAGAACCGCCAAAGCAGCAAGAUGUGAGAACAACCAAAUACUGGUAAAAAAAGAAAAGACUGAAUUUCAAUCUUUCCAUGACAUAUUCCUGAACAGGGCAACUGUUUCUUCCCUGUAUAAUACAAUAGUAUUUUGAAUUGCAAUGCUUCAGAGAUUCUUGUUUAUAACAGUCACUGCAGUGUGAAGUCAUGUUUGUUCACUGAUUAUUUUUUUUUAACUGCUCAGCAGAAAACUGUAUUUUAUUGAGGUUGACUCAGAAGGUGCAAGCUGGAUUAUCACCUUUAAAGCUGAGAAGAGGGGUUACAUGAUUGCUCUACAACCUUAGUCAUCAGUGGAUUACCUUAGGAAGGAUGACAAAGCUAUUUAUUUUCUCCAUAAAUUGUGGCUGUUGUAACCAAGACACAACACAAAUGAAGUUGAGCAAUAAAAUUUUUAUGUGCUCUAAUAAAUACUCUGAUAGAGCAAUGCUUGCAUUAUCAUAAGGCCAAUAUUGUGUGAAAUCAGACAGCUUUUCACAUUAAAAUAGCUUAUAGUAAUUUGCAGACUUUAUAAUGUGAGUUUGAAAUGCUGUGAAUCAACAAGAUAUAUACAUAUUACAUAUAUAUAUAUAAAAAAAAUAAAUUGCUCCAUUGGUAUGUCAGUGUUAGACGGCUAGUUGAAAGAGCC